AUGGCGGUCGCUGAGUUAGUGGCACCUCUGCUUUUCAAGACGUGUGCUGACGAUGAACACAACGUUGCGGAAUGUCGACGGCAGGCUCUACAGGAAGUGAUACCCCUACUGGCCACUGGAAUUCCAGAGAUCGGCGCUCCACCAAUCGACCCUGCGGAUCAGUUGGCGCCCCUGACGUGGCACACCAGCUCCACAGGGCUCGACGUCACGUUCCGUCUGGACAACGGCCGCUUUAGCGGAUUGGGCAGCGCCGUCGUCGACAGCCUUCAGGUGGAUUCCUUUAGCAAACGUAUCCGCAUUGUCGCUCACCGUGAUGGCAUUUACACGUUAGAAGGUACAUACACUUUGGCUGCCCAUGUACUUGGCAUACCUUUGGAGGGCACUGGAAUCUUCAAGAGUGUGAUGGGUGGUGGCGCCGUGGACGUCACGUAUUCUGGACACCUUGAGAGCGGCCUGGGAGGACGGUCAUAUCUGAAGCUAGACACUGUCCAAGUCGCAUUGGCCUUAGGCAGGUCUCAGUAUGAGCUCACUGGUCUCUUUGGGGACUACCAGCCUCUGGUGCUCGCCGGUAAUAUGUUCAUCAACAACGUUGCAGCGAACGUAGUGGAACCGAAUUUGAAGCCGACGCUGGAAAAGUGGCUGGCCGAAGUGUUCCGCCAUUAUGCACAAGCCGUCUUCGAUACUGUACCCUACGACGAGCUGUUUCCAAAGACGCCCGCUUACAGAGGUUUCUACAGAGCGGUUUUCCCACACAAUCUUUGAUUUUCCUGCUGAUAUAGAACGCUUUAUAGUUUACAGGGCACGUUCCUCCUGUUAACAAAUUAAAAUAACCAUCGCCACUCUAACAAUUCAGUGGAUAUAAUAGCCUAACAAUUUAAUAUUAAUUCGUAUCUUUGUAGAAGCCCACAUUUACACAACAUGCACGUAGUUAAAUAAUAUUGUGAGCUCCCUACAGUUCCAAGGUGAAAGUGUGCCUACUUCUAGGGGUCUUUCCUCCUUACCAGCAACUGGAGCAUUUACAUAGAAUGAACAGUGAACAGGUGAGUGAUGUAGGGUUGUAAUUAAGAUAUUCAUCUUGCAUAUUCUCGUAAUGGGCUCAAAACCUUCGACUUAUCGUCCUGAUUUGGAUUUUGCGUGGUCUUCCUGAAUCACAUUAGGCAAAUGGCGGGAUGGGACAGUAACAAGGCCAGGCUAAUUCUUCCUCACACUUCUGUGAUCCAGUUCCUGUUCCAUCUCUGGCGCUGGUGAUUUCUAUGGGUCCUAAAAUUUAACCACACACCUAGAAUGAUAAGAAAUAGGGAAAUCUUCAGCCUUCCCUUCCACUCUGACCGUUUUCAUUAAAAUUAUUCAGAAGUCUUAGAACUUGUAAGGAAAUUUUACCCAUUGUUGAGAUAUCCCAUUGAUUCAUUUUGUUUAUUCAUUGGUUUGGCUUCACUACUUUGUGACCCUAGCUAUAGGCUUGUACUACAUGUUUUGUAGAGCACACGAGAUUAAAAAAAUUCGCGUGAUGAAAAUUGGCAAGAGAAAACUAUAUGAUACACUUUUAAAUAACUUAACUUUCUGCAGCUUACACAUUUAUGAU